AUGGCAAUUCGUACAGUGUCCCUGGCAGUGCUUCUUCCAUACUGCAUCAUCGCUUUGCCGAAUGGACCACUGGUAGACCAUAACCCUGAAGUUUGCACCAGCAUGUCACCGGGGGAUCACCAUCCUGCCAACAUGGCCACUGGCCCAGCACCUUACAUCAUUGUGGUCAGCAAUGACACCUAUACCGCGGGACAACCAAUACAGUUGACAGUCCGUGCUGCCAAUCAGGGCGUAACCUUCGCCUGUUUCUUCGUUCAGGCAAGAAGCCAAUUAGGCUCGGCUCAGACGGAUGCUCUUGGAACGUUCAGCAACGAUCCUCAAGGAUCGCAAGCUUUUGCCUGCACCUCUCCCGCGGGAGCCUGGUCCCACAACAACAAGAAUGCCAAGAGGGAGAUAACUGCAACGUGGAUGCCGCCAUCCGAUGAUCAAGGAUCCAUUGCAUUCCAGGCAACCAUCGUGAGGGGUCCAGCCAGCGUUUACUGGGAAGGUGUGAAAUCACAGUCUCUGGCGUACAGUGCUGCACCUAGCUUGGUUUCAAGCAGCAUCUUCCUCUUGACUUUUGCCGUGUUCUGGGCGAUGAUGGCGUGACUGUGAUAAAAUGGUGGAUGUCUAUACCGCCCUCUUGUGAUAGCAUCUGGACAAAAAUAAUCGUCUUAAAUCGGAAACGUGCCUUACUCUUUUUGGGAGACGCUGAUGAAAGGUGCGAUGACCCAAAGAAGCGUCAAUUUCCAAUAGAGCAACUAUAGACAAUGGAUUAUUG